AUGCAUAAUGAAACUCCAAACAUUUGCUAUCCCUUUGUAAAAACGUCGGAUUUAUUUUUAAAUUAAAAACUCAAUUUCGGGGUUUUACAGAUGGCUGAGAAAAGACUUAAAGAGUUUUACGACGACAUAAGUGAGGAUCUGACCAGAUGUGUGCAGUUCUGGUUGACACAUUCACACGACGAUAAAUACGGAGGCUUUUUCAAUUGCAUUGAUGAAGACGGAACCGUGUAUGACGAAACAAAACACGUUUGGCUUCAGGCCCGGCAGGUGUGGAUGUACGCUAAGUUGUAUAACGAGGAGGAACAGUUUAACACUCAAGCUGUGCUACACGCCGCAGAAAAAGGGGCGGGGUUUCUUAUGAAGUUCGCCAAGGACGCGUCGACGGGCAGGUGUUAUCUUAUUCUUACCCGAGAUGGAAGACCAAUCAAAAUGCAACGUACGAUAUUCUCGGAAUGCUUCUACACCAUGGCUAUGUCCGAAAUGGCCAAGGCGACAAAACAAGAAUUGUACAAGACCGAGGCAAUCCAAAUGAUGGACAGACUCAUUCACUGGGUACGCGAGGACGACACGGACAUCCGACUAGGGCGUCCGCCGCUGGCUGGUGAGGCGAGGUCUGAGUCUCUGGCGGUACCCAUGAUGCUGCUGUGUGUGACACACGAGCUUCAAACCCUGGACCCGUCCCUCGGUGCCAGGUACCGCGACAUACAGGAGUGGAGCGUGCAAAAAGCGCUGUCGCAUGUUCAGCGCGAGGGGACUGUGAUCCUAGAAAACGUAAGCACUUCAGGAACGGAACUUCCGGGAUCACUGGGUCGUCUCAUGAUACCAGGUCAUGCAAUAGAGGCCGGUUGGUUCCUUUUGCGGUACGCAAAACAAAACGGUCAUGACGAGCUUGCCCAAAAGGCAAUCGACCAAUUUAUGAAUGGCCCUUUUGCCAGAGGUUGGGACGAUGAAUGCGGGGGACUUUACUACUUUCUAGAUGCCGAUAGAUACAGUCCAGUGCAGCUAGAAUGGAACAUGAAGAUGUGGUGGGUACACACGGAGACAAUGGUCGCUUUCCUGAUGGCUUAUCAACACACACGUGACGGGGACCACCUCGAUAUGUUUGCACGUGUUUAUGACUACUGCUCCUCAAAUCACGUUGACAAGAAGCGAGGAGAAUGGUACGGAUAUCUGAAUAGGGACGGGUCUGUGUCCAUGAGGUUUAAAGGUGGACCAUGGAAAGGUUGUUUCCACGUACCCAGAUCACUCCUUUGUUGCAAGCAGAUGCUGUCUGAACUACUCAAACGACCAACCUAAACCUAAAUUAUGACAACAUUGUUAUAAAAAUAGUUACUUUUUAUUUUAAAAAUAGUAUUUCGUUAUCCUUAGAAAUGUUCAACAAAAACGUGUCAUCUUUGUUCCAAUGGCUUUUAACAUAUUGGUGUCUUUUACUUUGCAUCGUU